GAGGCUUUGGGAAUAAUUCUCUCUCCCUGUAGGAUGGCAUAGUCCUCGGAGCAGAUACGAGAGCAACUGAAGGAAUGGUUGUUGCUGACAAGAACUGUUCAAAAAUACACUUCAUUUCUCCUAAUAUCUAUUGUUGUGGUGCUGGAACAGCUGCAGAUACUGAUAUGACAACUCAGCUGAUUUCUUCCAAUCUGGAGCUCCAUUCGCUAUCUACUGGACGACUUCCAAGAGUUGUCACAGCUAAUCGCAUGCUAAAGCAAAUGCUUUUCAGGUAUCAAGGCUACAUUGGUGCUGCCCUGGUUUUAGGGGGAGUAGAUGUCACAGGACCUCACCUUUACAGCAUAUAUCCCCAUGGAUCAACUGACAAGCUGCCUUACGUUACCAUGGGUUCUGGAUCAUUAGCAGCUAUGGCAGUAUUCGAAGACAAAUACAAACCAGACAUGGAGGAAGAGGAAGCCAAACAGCUUGUGAGAGAUGCCAUUGCAGCUGGCAUAUACAAUGAUCUGGGCUCCGGCAGUAACAUAGAUGUCUGUGUUAUAAGCAAGAACAAGUUGGAUUUUCUCCGUCCGUAUGAUGUGGCCAACAGGAAGGGGGACAGGCAUGGUAGAUACAAGUGUGAAAAAGGAACUACUGCUGUUCUCGCAGAAAACGUAGCACUCCUGGAAAUUGAGGUGGUGGAUGAAACUGUACAAACUAUGGACACGUCCUGAACCAUCAUGUGUUUAUUGUUCUGGGUCACUGGAGACCAGCACUCGUUAUGUUUAGAAGCCUUGCAGCGUCGAGAGAAAUGCACAGCUGAUACAGAAUAAAGAGGGUUCUCACCAUUCUCCCAA